AUGGCCCCCUCCAAAAGCACCCAUAAAACAGCCCCGCAGCCAGUCAUCCCCAACGACCCUCCACAGUCACAAUGUACGGCUAUCCAACUAGUAAAGGACGCCGAACGUGAUCUCACAUACAAUGAGAUGUACUACCGACAGCAGAAGAUCAAUCUCCGCCACCAGGAAAUUGUGCUCGCCAAAGCUGAGCACCAAUUUCAAGAGCAGCCCUGCGCCAACCCUCCACACUCGGACUACAUGCUGUGCGAACCCACCCUCACACAAGACGAGAUAAACUACAGAAAUGAGAUGAUCGACCUUCACAACAGGGAACUUGACCUUGAGAAAGGAGAGCGCGCGCUUCGAGACCAGCCUUGA